AUGGCUCAUUCAGAGAGGCACGGUUUCGCAGGCUUGAGGAUUGAGACUUCGUUUCACCCGCAAAGAUCGGAAUGGACUGAGGAGAAUGAUGAUGGGAGGAGGAGAUCGGCAUCAGGUGGCGAUGGUAUCGAGAGCGACCGCACCAAUAGAUCUCAUGAUUACGCGCGCCGCCGCGAUACUAAUGAAGACCGCAGUGCUCUCAGUGAUUUGCACUCAGCCACGCCGCCCAUCUCAGUCCCUCGCCUCGACAGCCAUUACGCCCUAGAGACCGAUGAAGACGGAUACCCACACAAGCCGGACGAUGUACAGGGAUCCCCGCUCGACAACUAUCUUACAUCGCGCCGCCCCUCCAUUACCUUCAACCCAAAGGUAUUCCUCGAUUCCGGCCUGCAACAACCCUUGGAGGAGCCUCUCGACAAAGGCGACUUGAAAAAUCGGCCUCCGCUCAGAUUCGAGUCCCGGACCUCUGGCCUCCGAAAUGCCCUAUCCCAAGAUGACGACCCCGCUGACCGGAAGGCCGAAUGGGGCGAUGACCUCAAGUCCUCCGAAUCGCGGGAACCGCGGGGUAUUCCGCCCGGAGGUUUCCGAGCCCAAUCCCUCGUGAGUGUCGGAGAUGAGUCAACAGGAAACGACGGCGAUCAUCCGACAUCGCUCACAUCACUUUCGACGGCAUCUCCAGGUGACGAGGUGCGGACCCCACCCGGAAGCGCUAAGGAUGCGCUCUUGUCCCCUCUUUACAUCACUUCGCCCAAUCAGCAAUUCCCUUCCCCAGAAGACCGCAGUGCCUCUUGGUCUACGGGUUUGGUGACCCCUUUUGGGAGUAAAUCUCGCCCAUCCCCAUUUAGUCGCCAUGGCAGUUUCCGCCAAAGCUCUCGACGAUCAACUACUUCGAGCGGCAAGUCUCCAGCGAGCGCAUUCCUCUCUAUGUGGUCAGGUGGUGGAGAAGAGCCUGCUUCACAGCCAGAUGAUGAAGGGCAAAUGGUUGGCACUGACUAUGUUCUUGGAAAGCAAAUCGGCUUUGGGGGCUUCAGUACGGUGAAGGAAGCUUUUAAGGUCGAGGAGCACGGCUCGACUAAACGACUUGCCGUCAAGAUUGUCAGGAAGCAGAUUAAAGGCCACAGUGAAAAGGAAAAUGAAGAAGUGCAAGCGGAGUUCGAUCAUGAGGUUCGGGUCUGGCGGUAUCUCAGCCAUCCCAAUGUCUUGACACUCGACUCCGUCUACGAGACGGAUUAUGCCACUUUCUGUUUCACCAAACUUCACAUCGGUGGAACUCUGUUUGAUCUGGUCCGCCAAAACCGGCAGGGUUUAUCCUCGCACCUCGCGAAGAAAUACUCCUAUGAACUUGCCCGCGCAAUUCGCUAUUUGCACGAAGAUGCCCGAGUCGUUCACCGCGACAUCAAACUAGAAAACUGCCUCCUCGAUCCCAUCGAGGCUCCGGAUGGCUCUCAGUCGUUGACUCUGGUCCUCUGUGAUUUCGGAAUGGCAGAGUGGAUGGCCACAGACCAUGGAGGUGACAGCCCCGACCCCUACGAUGAGGUCGCAGAUCGACCUCCCCCCAAACAAAUUGGUCCCGCGGGCUCCAGUACCAGUGUCGCCGGCAGCUUAGAAUAUGCCUCUCCUGAACUACUCAAGUCAACGAAUGGACUCAUCCACCCAUCGGUCGACAUCUGGGCCUUUGGUGUGAUCGUCUUCACCGUUGUCACUGGAUCACGGCCCUUCCAAGACUCAUUUGCACCUCGCAUCCAGGCCAACAUCCUCAGCGGCACGUGGAACCGUGAUGCCGUUCUCGGCCAGAUCGUCGAUGAUCACUUGCUCAAAGACCGCCAGGAUGCCCUCGAAUUGGUCAAAGGAUGUCUUGAAAUGGAUACGCACAAGCGAUGGACUAUUCGAGACAUUCUGGAGUGUGCUUGGCUCCGCGAAAUCGCUGAAACCGUCAAUGAGACUUCUCCAGAAUCUGCCUGGAGGCUAUGA